AUGUUAAAGAAACCUUAAUAAUAACAACCAACUAAACCAAGCACAAGAAUUCCCACAUUGGCUAAUGAUGAAAAUCAAUAACAAUAGGUUUGGCUUAGUAUUCAUAAUUUAGAAAUCUGAAUAAGCCCAAAAAUACUCUCUAAAUCAAAUUGUUGGAAAUGGCACUUUUGGAAUGGUUUAUUUAGUAUUGCAUUUUAUCAUCUUUCUAGGCCACCAAUUCUGUUACAGGAGAAAAAGUAGCCAUUAAAAAAGUAUUUCAAGAUAAGAGGUAUAAAAACAGAGAGCAUUUAAUCAUUUAAGAACUCAAUCACCCAUGUGUAAUAAAGUUAAAGGAAGCUUUUUUCACUUAAGGAGAUAAAGUAUUUAUGCAUUUAAUCUUAAGGGUGACGAUGUUUAUUUGAAUUUGGUUAUGGAUUAUAUACCUGAUACAUUAAGCAAAGUAGUUAGAUAUUACAGAAAAGCAAAAUAGCAAUUUCCUAAUGUCUUAUUAAAAGUAUAUGGAUAUCAAAUGUUCAGAGCUCUAGCAUAUAUGGAAGGUAACUUCACUAGUUUAAAAUUAGGAAUCGGUAUUUGCCAUAGAGACAUUAAACCUUAAAAUAUAUUGGUCGAUCCAGCAACACAUGUGCUUAAGAUAUGUGAUUUUGGAUCAGCUAAGAAACUUUAAAAAGGUGAACCUAAUGUAGCAUACAUCUGCUCUCGUUAUUAUAGAGCACCUGAAUUAAUUUAUGGAGCUACUGAAUACAGUACAGCAAUUGAUGUAUGGUCCAUUGGUUGUGUUAUUGCAGAAAUGCUUAUUGGAGAGCCUCUCUUUCCAGGAGAAAGUGCAACCGAUCAGUUAGUUGAAAUAAUUAAAAUUUUGGGAACUCCCACCUAAGAACAAGUUAAAAUGAUGAAUCCUCAGCAUAAAGACUUUAAGUUUCCUCUCAUCAAAUGCCAUCCUUGGUAGAAAGUAAUUUAUAUAUUCUCUAUUGAUUUCUAGGUAUUUGCCAAAUUCAAACCAGAUGCUCUUUUUAUUGAUCUAAUUUCUAAACUUAUGGUAUAUCCUCCAAAAGAAAGAUUGAGACCACUUGAAGCUCUUGUGCAUCCUUUCUUUAAUGAUUUAAGAUAACCUGGAUUUGGCAUUCCUAAUUAGACUUUACCAGACUUUUUUGAUUUUACUAAAGGUACUAAUUAAUUGUCAUUAUUUAUAGAGGAACUCUCUAUUUAACCUGAAAUUGCACCCAAAUUAUACCCAACUUGGCAACAAAAGAAAUAAUGAAAAUUACAUAACUUAUUAUAUAUAAUUUAUA